AUGUUCUUGUUUGUUUUCCUUGAUUCAGGCCACAAUCUUGUUGAACUAGAGGUGAAGAACGCAUGGCUUUCUGUUGAAAAUCUGAAUCAGAUGUUAAUGGUAACAAGUUUAACACUCGAGUGCAUACGAUUAGAUGAUAAGGAAUUAAUCCAGUUGAAUAAGUCCUUCCCUAAUCUUCAAGUUCUUAACUUGAUAGAUGUUAGAGGACUGAAACUACCCACAAUCCAUCUUCUCCACCUAAAAACGUGUCACUGGACUAUAACAGAUGCUCCACCAUUUGUAACUGUAAUCGCACCUAACCUUAUCACACUCACAAUCGAGGGUAAAAAGCCUGCUGCAGUUCAUGUUGAUGCUCCAUUGUUAACUCACUUCCAUCUUGCCCUUCCUCAUGCGGACUCACUUUUAGUCGAAAAGUUUGAGAAUCUGAAAACAUUAUGUAUCGAGGCUUCAUUCCUCUACCCCUUACUUUUUAGCUUUCGAUUUACUAAAAUCGUGGAAAAUCUAACUUUGGAUUCACAAGGUUUGACUAAAGGGCCUUUUGAAAGAUUCAAAAUUUCCCUCGAGAAUUUGUUCAAGAUUUUCCCCAACAUGACUUCUUUAUGUUUUCGGUCAAGGGCAUGGUCGGAGUUUGAGGUGAGGGGUAUGUUUGGGGUUGGGAUGCAAGAAUUGAGAACUUUUUGUGGGUAUCUGAUGAUAGUUGACCUUUCGUUGACUUUAUCCUUGGUUGCUUGUGUGUUGGACCAAUGCUAUGGCUUGCUAGAUGUCUCUUUGCUUAUCCAUCAAAACGUUGAUUCUUAUGUAUCGAAGGGUUUUAUGUGCACAUGCAUGAUGAGGUGGCCUAAACUAAAUUGGAGAUGGGGAACAUUGGAGGAAGGAAAGGAAGAUUGUUGGAUAAGUUAUGAAGAUUUAAUGCAAAUGUCAUCUUACAUGAAGCCGAGUUUUGAUAUAUAA